CGCGUUAUUCCUCACAAGAUAUACGUUCGGGUAUGUCCCCUUCUCGCUUCGUUAGCCACAGCUAUUUGGUUAGCUAGAUAUUUUGUUAGCUAUAUAUAUAUACAGGAUAUAUGGACGUGAUGGGAUUGAUAUAACAGGCAAAAAAAACCUAAGCUAGCAACAUCUUUUUUUUUUUUUUUAAAGUGCAACUAUGUUCGGUCGGUCACGGAGUUGGGGAGGAGGACAGGGGAAAACAAAAAAUAUCCAUUCCCUGGACCAUCUCAAGUAUAUGUACCAUGUCCUGACUAAGAACACGACGGUAACCGACAGCAACAGGAACUUGCUGGUGGAGACCAUUCGCUCCAUCACUGAGAUACUCAUCUGGGGAGACCAGAACGACAGCUCCGUCUUCGACUUCUUCCUGGAGAAGAACAUGUUUGCGUUCUUUCUGAAUAUCCUUCGCCAGAAGUCCGGUCGCUACGUCUGUGUCCAGCUACUCCAGACGCUCAACAUCCUGUUUGAAAAUAUCAGCCACGAGACGUCGCUCUAUUACCUGCUGUCCAACAACCACGUCAACUCCCAUCAUAUAACUGUGUUCUCCUCC